AUGGUUGUCUCCGGAACGAUCUAUUCUCCGAAGUCCUACCACAAAAGCCUUCGGGCUGAGCUAGCUGCUGCAUACAGUCAUGCAAACAUUAAGACGGUUGAUUACUGCCCUGGCGAAUCACCCCUACCAGAAAACCUUAAAAACUGUCCGUCUGACGUAGCUCCUCUGUUCGAAGCCGCGGAUGGUACAGUUCUGUUUGAUGCGAACGCCAUUGCCUUCUAUCUGGGCAACAAGCAACUGCGCGGUAUGUUCGCAGGUUUGAUGCUUAUUGUCUAGGUGGCGACCAGGAGCACUUUGUCACACAGUGGGUAAACUUUACAGAUCACAUUCUUCUGCCCUCUGUUGCUGUCUGGCUGUACCCCAUACUCGGGGCUACUGCCUACAACAAGCAGCAGGCUACGAAAGCGCAUGAAAACGUUAACAGAGCUCUUUCUUUCCUGAAUGAAUAUCUUUCUUCAAGGUAACAUUACACUGACAGCAAAUCAGAGGCUUUAGGACAUUUUUCGUUGGUGAAUCGAUUACUCAGGCUGACUUAACCUUGUACAGCGUUGCGUGCAUGCUUUUUGAGCACGUGCUCGACGAGGAUGCUCUUAAGCCGUACCCCCACUUCAAUCGGUGGUUUAUGACCCUCGCUAAUCAGCCAGAAGUUCUCAAAGUUGCUGGCGCUCCCAAACUCUGUAAGAAGGCGGCCGUUUAUGACCCAAAGAGUCAUGAAAAGCAGAUGCCGAAGGUAAUUCAGAAGAGCGACUUAACCGAAUUUUUCAGGGAGAUGGGAAGAAAGGGGCAAAAGCAGAAAAGGCGAAGCCGCAAAAGAAAGAAAAACAGCAGAAGCCCAAGGAGCAGGAUGUCAAUCUGGACGAAGAGAUGGAUGAGCCGGCGCCCAAGCCCUCAAAGAACCCCUUCGCCUCACUUCCUGCUGGUACCUUCGACUACGAUACUUUUAAACGCACCUAUUGCAAUGAGGACAUCAAGUCUGUCGCGUUGCCAUUCUUCUGGGAAAAGUUUGAUCCGAAGACCGACUCAAUUUGGUACUGCGAGUAUAGUUAUCCAGAGGAACUGAGACUUACUUUCAUGUCGGCCAACCUUAUUCAGGGAAUGUUCCAGCGACUUGAGAGGUGAGCACUUUGUUGACACGAGUGAUAGUACUGACGUUGUUCUGCUUGCAUGCUUAACGUUUUUUGAUGGACACCGUCCAAGUUCUUGGUGUAACGCCGUCACUCGGAUCGCCGAAGCCUUCGUAGGUGCAUCAGCCACUAUUGGAAUUUCGAUUUUUGCAGGAUGGCGAAGUACGCUUUCGCUGUGAUGGGCGUUUUCGGAGAGAACAACAACAGCACAAUCUCCGGCGUUUGGGUCUGGCGUGGUACUGGCUUGGCCUUCGAAUUGAGUGAGGAUUUCCAAAUCGACUACGAGUCUUACAAAUGGACCAAACUGGAUCCCGAGGCCGCCGAGACUAAGACCCUUGUCAGCGAAUACUUCCUCAGAGAGGGUGAUUUCGACGGCAAGAAGCCUUGUGAACUUGCUGUAUUUAAGUAG